CUCUGCUGGCUCAGAGCUAUGUAUGUUGGCAAUAUUUGCAGGAGGGUGUGACACAGAUGGUAAAUAAAUAACUGAAUUUUAUUCACACUGUUUCCUUUUUGAUACUUCAUAAGUUUUUUUUCCCCCUUUCUUUUAGAGGUACAGCUUCUCCUUGGACAAAUCCUACUCCAGCUAGGAGAUUACUAAACUUUCCUUAAUGAAGUGGCCUCAGGAAGCACCUACGUUUUCACUGCCUGGUAGAGUUCAGUGAAAUGUUUAUUAACGGCUGCAGCCUGUCCCGUCCUGACCCCAAGACACUGAAGCCUCUGUGUGAAUCAGCCUCAUGGGUUUCUGCCUAGCCUCUCUCAGGGACAGGAAUACUGCUGGUGAGGAAGUUUGUGGUGCUUCAUGGAGCUUCCAUUCACCAACCUGGAGAUGGCCUUCAUUCUAUUGGCUUUUGUCAUCUUUUCCUUGUUUACGCUGGCUUCCAUCUACACUAACCCAGAGGAGAGGAAUGAAGGUAAAAAGAGUGCCUCGAGAAAGCCUCUAUUUCCUGUCCCCACCCAAUCAUUGUUCCUGAUGGUUUGAUUUGGUUUAGUUUCUACUCUGUGUGUGAGAAUGAGUUUGCUUUGCAAUAUGGAUGGGUGUGUGUGUGUGUGUGUGCAAGAGAGUUGGCUUGUUAAA